CAGUUUUUUUCUUCGGUUGCAAUGUAAAAAAAGUCGGUCAACAUUACACGCGCGCAGUGCCGUGGCGUAUGCGUCGUGACGCGUGUUUUGGUGUUAAGUAAUUACGCGUAACUAUCGCUCGAUGUGCAGCGUCGUCCCUGGGCCCGCCGAUAGGUCGAAGCUGUUGCUUAGGUCCCAUGUGGUCGAUGUGAAAACACUACACUGUGUGCCUAGUACGCCUUUCAACUGGUGAUACCCUGCAUGUGGCCUCGCCCUCGAGUGUGCCAGCGAGCGAUGUGUGACAUAAUGCGGUUCCGAUCGGUUUCCUCGGGUUUCUGGCGUGCGGGCCUUCUCCCCCUGUCCCGCAGCGGUUCCUGUUUCCUUUGACACUGUGUGGCCUGCUGCUGUGAGCAAAAAACGACGUGUUGCGGAUGCCAUCGUUUGACAAUAAAAAAUCAAGCAAAAUUCAUCUGGCCUCUAAUGGGAGCAACGAGACCACGAGGUGCCAAGGUGCGACUAUCUGCUAGUGUGACAGCGCAAGUCCCUAGGACCUACACCCAAGGGGCUGGGUGUUCGAUAGUUCCCUGCAAUCAUCGGCCAUCGCGACUGUUGAAGUUGUCUAAUUCCCGUGCCUAAACUAAUGCGUGACUGUGAGGUUAGGUUACCAAUGGCCUGCGAAGCCUGUGUUACUUGUGUUCGGUGAUAGGAAUCCGUCAAAGUUGAGUGUGUUUGUUUGAGUGUGUGUCCUUUUUCAUUAACUGGAGUAAGUCAGUAGUCGCCGUAAGUUAUAAAGUUUAACGAUGGAUGCGAGCACCGGGCUUUCGACGUUCCCGAAACCCCCUGGCCGACUGGGGUCACAACGCAACGGCAGCACGAUGAUGACGACUGUUCCGGGCAACGGAACAACUGGAAGCGAGAGCAUCAACCCGGUGGCGAACGGUGCCAGCCGUGACCGGCGUACGGAUAGCAUCACCGACAGUCCACGGGAUGCGGCCACUGCUCGGCUGCGAACGUUUAUGGGCAGAACGCCGAGUGCCAUCAAGUCAAAGUUUCUGUCCGUGCUCGGGAACAGCACGGAGAUUAUUAACGGUAUUUCGAACAAGAUCGAUGCUGCUCUCAGCCUGUCGUCGUCUUCCGACACCGAAACGACCGCCAACCGCAACCAGAUAAAGGUGGACGAUAUGCUGCGCCGGAAGUACGAGUCGUCCAACACGAAGCAUCCCGACGAUGGCCGCGGCGAACAGCAGAUCGAUUACGAGCUGCGUCGGGCGAAGGAACGACGGGCCCACGAGGAGGUGCUAUCUGGUCGCUACCGGAAUCCUGCCUUUUCGCACCUGCUGCCGCAGCAGAGUACACCUCCACAGCCGGUGCCAAAGCAAACGGCGGUGGCGGUAGCGGCGGCGGGGACCACCAACAACGCGGAACGUGCAGAGCGAGCUCCUUCGCACAGUAUCAGUGCCGACUUCAGCCACAGCAACUACAGCAACAACUCGUACUCGCUCGAGUCCCGUUCGCCUCAACCGUCCGGUGGCGGCGGUGGACCUCGACUAGCCGAAGAGCUGGCAGGCGAGGCAAGACCGGCAGCCAGCGUCCACACACCGGAAGCACACCCGGCGCGGGACUUCGCCUGUCUGGGUGGCCGGGUGGAUCCUCCGUUGGGCAUUCCGAGCAGCGCUUCAACAAGUGACAACGAGUCGUGCGCUUUCAGCGGCACCCUGGAGUCGUCCGAGCUGAAGAUGUGGAUCCGGUCCGAGUCGGAGAACUCGGUGCCAUCGUGGGCAUCGUCCAUCAGCCUCGACAGCCAGUCGGAAGAGGCCGUGCUGGACUUUAUGAAGCGCUUCGUGCGAAUUCUCUUCCACGACAGCGGAAGCGUUACGCUGCAGCUGAAGUCGGACUUUGGGCAGUACGCACGGACGGAAACCGGUCGGCUGUGGUUUUCCCGUCUGGUGAACGCGCAACGAGCCAAAACGAAGCGCGUCGACGAGUCGACGUUCUACUCGCUGAUCCAGUACUUUGCCAUCGUGCUGUUCGAGUGUGCGGAAAGCGAGGACUACUCUCCGGCCAAAACUCUUAUGAACAUGUGCUUUACCUUCUACCAUGACAUCGAUGUCCCGGGCUGUGACCCGUAUCGGGAGUAUCUGUACACCUAUCUGCGCGAUCAGCCGAUCUGGCAAACGCUUCGGUUCUGGAAUGCGGCCUUCUUCGAUGCACUCCAAACGGAGCGCAAGCACCGACCGGUGCCACCGACGAAGCAUGUCCCGGCGAAACCGAAGGCUCCCGUUGUGAUCGAUCCGUCCACCGGUGCUGCUGAGGAGGGGCCGCUGGGUAUCCUGACCCUGACCGUGCCAGAAAUGGAACGUUCCUCGUCGACCAGUGCCUGCGAUCGGACCGAUCCGGCCGAGCUGCAGGAGGACAAACACUACCACCAGAACCUGAGCUUCGGCCAGCUGGGAAGUUUCACCUGCAACAUGCACGCAUUCGGCUUGUCACGUGACCUGUGCAACGAAUUUCUCAUCAAACAGGCGGUUAUCGCCAAUCUUUCGACAGAGCAACAGAAACUUCUCCAGGAGAACGUCGACCGUAUGUAUCGAGAGACGGAUCCGUGGCGGGAGAACUAGGGUCCAGUCCGUCGGGCAGCUAGCGGCAUGCACAAGCAGUGAUAAUGGUAGCCACAACGCACCGUAGCGCGACGCAACGAAACCAGAUAGUAUUUUGUGAUAACGAUUUUGUGAUGUCCACUAGAUCUGAAGAGGUAGAGAACUAAGAAAUUGGGGCAAAGUUAGAGUUCUGUGGGACGGAAAAAAGGCGGGCAAGAAGCACCCAUUGCCGACGAGCAUCACUUUACAUGAUACGAUCAUUCCUCGCAGUUGCACUUUUCUUUCUAAAUUCGAUUCGCACAGUGAGGACCGAUGGUCCACGAGUUAUAUAGGACAGCUACGAAAGCAAUAGAGGACAAAUAUUCAACUCCAAACGAUAGGAUCUUGAAACUAAAACGCAGCGGUCAAAUCCAUCCUACAAGCAAUCGUGUUAUACUAGGGGCCGUAAAAGUAAUAAAGAGUGUGAUUAAUUCGAUGCGACAAUAAACCGAAGGGCAGUGAGAGUGAAGCCGAACGACCAUCGAACGGGGCGGCCAUGCUGCAAUCAAUGUUGUUCAUGCCGGCGCUGCCCAGGGAUCGAGAGAUCGUUAAACUAAUCGAUAUGAGCAAUGCUUUAAAUAGUCUUAACCAAGGGUGAGGAAGUGUACUUUCGCUGCGAAGCGACCGACUAGUUAUGACCACAAGCUUGUGAAGAGGAUGUUGCAUUACGGUGAAGGAGGAUCAACACUAAGACCGAUUGAUUGUCUUGGAUAAGCGGUGGCCGAUGAAUCGUUGGUAAAGUUUAACGCAUCGUGAUACAAAAGGAAAAAAGAAAUAACAAAAACCGUUAUCUAGUUCAUAAAAUAUAUUGAAAGUGAAGCAGAUAGCUAUCGCAGAAAAUUCCGGACCCGGACCCGGAGUUUCAAAAAGUAGAAAGAACGACGCUUCGACGUUCGCAAGAUACACAUUUUCUACGUUCUCCGUACGUUAGAUUUCGCCUGUCAGAAUCUCAAAGAAAAGUAACAAACAAAGAAACUAAUAAAACUC